CAGCAAGUGAUCAUGGAUAAGGCGUCAGUAGCUAUGGACAAGGCAACGGUGAUCAAUAUGAUGGAUGAAGUUCUCCGGAAACAUGAUGUCCAGAUCAUGGGCCAGUUGGAUUCCUGGCUACUGCACUUGGACGGCCUUUUGCAGAACAACUUGUCGACGGAUGCCAGGGACGCACCUGUUAUGCAUAAUGGCAGCACGCCAGAGAGCAACAGCACGCUGGGCCUCGAGCGGCAGGCGCUGCCGAUCCCCGAGCAGACUGCAUCCGCGAGGCUGAACGCGAGCCGGAGCAUCAGCCGCCGGUGGUCCAUGCAAAGCUAUGAUGAAGCCAUAGAGGAGGAUCUGCGCAGGGCCGCGGAGUUGCAUCGGACGGCCAGCUCUCUGAGCGUGCAGAGCGACGGGCCUUGGUUGUUGCAGGCCUGGCGCCGAAUUCGCCAUUGCGCCAACGCCGUGGUCUCCAAACCGGCCUUCGAUAUGCUCUUCCUUGCCCUGAUCGUGACCAACUCCCUGUAUCUAGGGGCUCAACUGGAGUGGGCCUCUUUUUUCAACGGGCAGGCAGACGAGGUAGCGCUCGGAAUCAACCUGGGCUACACCGUGCUGUUUACCAUGGAAUUCCUCUUGCGGCUCCUCGCCAACGGGCCGCGACAGCUCUUCUGCAAGACCGGCUGGUUGUGGACCUGGCUGGAUAUCGCAGUGGUAGGCUCCUCUUGGGUCGAAAUCGCCUUCGCAUUUGCGUCAGGCUCCCAGGAAAAUGAAGCAAAUAGCAACCUCCGCAUCAUCCGAAUAUUUCGCAUUGGCAAGUUACUGCAGACGGUGCGCUCCUUUCGUGUUCUCAAGUUCCUCAGCGCCUUGCGAACCCUUGUGUUCUCCAUCGUGGAUGCAACAAGAUCACUUUUCUGGGCGCUGUUUCUACUUCUUAUCAUUCUCUACAUCUUCGGGAUUCUUUUUACGGACGCGGUCCUGGAUCACUUCAACUUCUCGCCCGCCGAGUCGGAGCUCCAGUUUUACUUCGGCUCCGUGUCAAGGUCCAUGACCACCUUGUUCCGUUCCAUCUUGGGGGGCGUGGAUUGGUACCAGCCUGCGGAUGCCUUGGCAGCGGUGGGACCAGUUUGGACCCAGCUCUUCCAGUUCUACAUCGGGCUGGCAACGCUCACCAUCCUGAACGUCAUGACGGGGGUCUUCUGCAACAGCGCCCUCCGCGCCGCAGAGCUGAACCACGACGUGAUGAUGCAGAACCGAUCCGUGCUCCGCGGCCAGGCGGCUGCGCUCUUCCGGAAGAUGGACCGGACCGGCAGCGGCGGGCUCACGAUCACUGAGUUCGAAGAGGUCUUCGACGACGAGGACAUGAAGGCUUUGUUGGAAUCGAUUGAUAUCACCGCAACGGACGCCUGGACACUCUUCAACAGUCUCAAUAUCGACGGGGAUAACCUGCUGACGCUGGACGAGUUCACCGAGGGCUGCCUCCUACUUCGUGGAGCAGCUCGUUCUGUGGACAUGUACGCGUUGAAGCAGCAGAUUAGGAAGCUGCGGGAAGACGUCUCCUGCAUCAAUCAGGCGCAGUCGCAAAUGCAGGAGCUGGUUCGACCAAAGGCGAUCUUGAAGUCCAACUUCUGUGAAUUGGAGCGUUUGAAGGUGUGAGGCUCGUGGCUGUUGCCUCUGACGGCAAGUCUGGUCGAGCGAAAAGCUUCUUUAUGGACUAAGAGCCUGGGUGUGUCGUGGGAAACCUGUGUC